UGUUGAUUCAAUUGAAGAAAGCACUGAACAAAUCACCCACAGUUCCUACCGUUAGAAAGGGGUAUGGCGACUCUUGAUUCCGACGUGCCAAUGAUUCCGGCCGGCGAGGCAUCGAGCAGCGCCGGACCGUCUUCCAAGAAGCCCAAGCGUUUCGAGAUCAAAAAGUGGAACGCGGUCGCACUCUGGGCUUGGGACAUCGUUGUCGAUAACUGUGCCAUCUGCCGGAACCACAUCAUGGAUCUAUGCAUCGAGUGCCAAGCCAACCAGGCCAGCGCAACUAGCGAAGAAUGCACAGUGGCGUGGGGCGUUUGUAACCAUGCUUUUCACUUCCACUGCAUUAGUCGAUGGCUCAAGACUCGUCAAGUUUGUCCUCUAGAUAACAGUGAGUGGGAGUUUCAGAAAUACGGGCACUAGAACUCCGACGCGGUUGAGAUCUCCUUGGACAUUUGUACUGUCUAUCCGAUAUUUUUAAUAUUACAACUCUCUUUUUUUAUUUUGCUUGUCUACUGAAUUUAUUAUGUUCAAGGAAUCAGUUUGCCAGAUGGAGUUUAAUAUACACAGAUGGUUUAUGUAAAGUUUAUUUUAAUGUUUUGAU